AAAAUAUAUUUAGUUCCAGUUCUAGAGUGCGUUUCGUGUCGUCGACUUCAACUACAUUAAGUGCUAACAAAUUUUUCCAUAAAACAAUUCAUAACAUGGAAGUGAAUUAUCCAAGAAAUAAUGAGGACAAAAAAUUGGAACAUCUCUUUGAUGAUUCCGAUUUAAAUGUCUACGAUCAAAAUGUCAUAAACUUAGGAGUGGGUGCUCCUGGUCCUGACAUUUUAGUUAAUUGUUGUGAAAUUUUUGAGAAAGCUACAAUUCAUCGUAUGAAAAAAGAAACUGUCAAUCAAGGAAUGUUGUUUCAAUAUGGUCCACCUGUUGGAUUGCCUGAGGUGCGUUCGGGAAUAGCUAAUUUUCUGACGGAAGCUUAUAAAAGUGAAGUAAAGAGUGAAGACAUAAUUGUCACGACUGGAGCAACACAAGGAAUGCAUAUUAUUCUAUCAACCCUUAUAGAUCUUAAUGGGUAUAUUUUUGUCGAUGAAGUAACAUACAUGGUUGCACUGGAAACGUUUCAACAAUUUAACACAUUGAAAAUUAUACCAGUUAAAUUAAAUAGUGAUGGUGUUGAUAUUGAUGAAUUAAGAGCUGGUCUUAAGAAAAAUCAUUUUAAGUCAGAAAGCAAAAGUUACUGGGGUCUCUAUUAUGCCAUUCCAACAUAUCACAAUCCAACAGGAAUAAUAUUUUCCAAAGAUAUAUUAGAAAAACUUAUAAGCCUGGCUCGAGAAUUUGAUAUUUUAGUUGCAUGCGAUGAUGUCUACAAUACACUUUAUUACGGAAACAAUGAUGCUCAGAAACGACUUUAUGCCUACGAUAAUCUAAAUGAUGAGGACUUCAAAGGAAAUGUCAUCUCGAAUGGAAGUUUUUCGAAAAUCAUUGGACCUGGAUUACGUUUUGGAUGGCUUGAAGCACCUCCAAGGUGUAAAAUAAUUCUAGAAUCAAGUGGUAUUUUCAAUAGUGGUGGUUGUUUGAAUAACUUUACUUCCGGCAUAAUGGCUAGCCUUUUUGAAUUGAAAUUAGCCCAAUCACAUGCUAAAAUGGUUAAGGACCUUUAUCAAGAACGAAUGUUGGCAACUUGUGAAAUCUUGAAUAAUCAUCUUCCAAAAUCGUGCAAAUUCAUUGAACCACAAGGAGGCUACUUCAUAUGGAUUAAAUUGCCUGAGCACGUAGACGCGAAUGACUUUCUUCGCGUGUGCUUGGAAAAUAAUAAAAUAUUCUUUAUUCCUGGAAAUAGAUUUUCAUUUGAUAAUAGUUUUAAAAACUGUUUUCGAAUUUCCAUAGCUUUUCAUAAGAAAGAAGUCAUGAUAAGAGCUAUGAUGCAAAUAUGCGAUGAACUGAAGAAAUAUUUAAAUUUGUGAAAUAUUUAUUUCGUAAUAAAUGUAUUUUGAAACAUAACUAUAAAUAUGUCUCAUGAAAUUGAAUAAAAGUUUUUACAUAAUU